AUGGCCCUCCGCUCUCUGCAACUCGCGUCCCUCACACUCGCCGUCAUCUUCUCCGCCUCCGCAACCGCCGGCGGCGUCGCCCUUCUCUCCUUCCCCUCCGCCUCUCCUCCUCCGCCGCCGCCGUCGCUCUCGGACUUCGGCUACCCCCAGUUCCGCGAUUUGCCCCUCUCCUCCUCCGCCUCCCUCCUCCAGCAAAUCCUCGCCCACCUCGGCUUCCAGGAGCUCUCCAUCUCCGUCGGCGCCGCCCUCUCCGAGUACCCCGCCCUCUCCCGCUGGAACGGCCCCGUCACCAUCUUCGCCCCCUCCGACGCCUCCGUCGAGCCCUGCGCCGCCUGUCCCCUCCCCCGCCUCCUCGCCGAGCACGUCGUCCCGGGCUUCUUCUCCUCCUCCGCCCUCCAGGGCCUCGCCUUUGGCACCAAGAUCGAGACCAUGAACCCCCGCCGCUGCGUCGCCGUGACCUCCGCCUCCGAUAGUUUCGCCAACGCCACGAGGAUGUUCAUCGACGGCGCCGAGAUCACGCGGCCCGACCUGUUCGACAACGGCAUCAUGAUCGUCCACGGCCUGGACGGCCCCGUCUCCCCCCUCUCGCCGUCCUCCUGCACCGACGCCUCUCCGCGGCCGUCGUUCGAGGCGGCGCCUACUUCCCUCGCCGGACCGCCCCCGCUGAUCAUGAGCCUGAUGCUCCGGGACGCCAUGCUCCGGCUGCGGAGCGGCGGGUACGGCGUCCUGGCGCUCGCGAUGAAGGCGAAGUUCGCCGAGCUGGUCGCCCUCGAGAACGCGACGAUCUUCGCGGUGGAGGACGACUUCAUCUUCUCCGACCCGCGCAACUACGCGGGCGACGUGAGCUUCCACAUCGUGCCGGACCGGUACCUCGCGGGGGACGACCUCCAGAACCUCCCGGUGGGGUCCACGCUGGGCACGAUGGAGGAAGGGCAGGAUCUGGUGGUGACGAGCGCGGGUGGGCCCGCGGGAGGGACGGUCCAGAUCAACCGCGCGCGCGUCAAGAUCCCGGAGGUGAUCAGGAACGCGAGGGUCGUCGUGCACAGCUUGUUCCUGCCGUUCUCGCACCUCCAGAUCGGGCCCCUCUCCCCCGCCCCCGCGCCCGGCGCACUGAUCGACGGCGGCGGGGGCGAGGAUCGGACGGCCGGGGACGCGUCGGAGUCUUUGGAAGAGCUCGGCGGGUGCGGGCUCGGGCCCACCCAGAUCGAAGAUGGCCACGGCCCAUGA